GUGGUCAUGCUAUCGAUUUGCAUUCUUUGUUGGAAAGAAAGAAACUGGAUGGUAAUUCGGUGUUACAUUAUUGUCCAGUUUGCGGAGAAGCAGAAUGCGUUCGCUUGGUGCUAGCAGCAGGUGCUCGACCAUCCACCCCUGACCUCCGCGGAGGAUCGCCUCUUCACUAUGCAGCUCAGUGUUGCGGUGCCGCAGCGACUGCUGAGCUCUCUGUACCCAAGAAGGUUGGUUUAAAAGUUCUCCAGACCCUGCUGGAAUUCGGGGCCGAUGUGAACGCGAAAGACGAGGAUGGAAGGCAGCCAAUUCUAUGGGCGGCAAGUGCCGGCAGCGUGGAAGCUGUGUUGGCAUUAGCUAGAGCCGGUGGUUCAGCUGCCGCAGGAGCUGCGGACAAAGAUGGCCUGACGGCUCUUCAUUGCGCCGCAUCCAGGGGCCACGCUAGAUGCGUGGAGGCCUUGGUGAACCUCUGUGGUGCCCAUCCUGAUCAUGUCGACGAUAAUGGAUGCUCAGCUCUACAUUAUGCUGCCACUCUUGGCCACGCUGACGCCACGGCAUUGAUUCUAAAGUUAGGAGCCGAUCCGAAUCGCCAGGAUCGAAAGGGUAGAACACCAGCCCUUUGCGCUGCGGCCAAGGGCCAACUGGAGACCCUGAAGAUUCUUGCUCAACAUGGCGGCUCUUUGUACGCGAGGACUGUGCGAGGCACCGGUGUCGCUCACGAGGCCGUGGCUUCCGGUAGGAUCGAGUUGAUCAAGUGGCUGGCGAAGAAGCGUCCAAGCACUUUGGACGUCGCAACGCACGAUGGCAAGACACCGUUGCACGUGGCAGCUCUUCAUGGACAUUUGGACGUGUGCAAGGUCCUCCUGGAUAAUGGCGCCAGGAUCAAUGCCAUGCUUCGUACCAGCAAAGGCAAUCUCAUGACAGCUCUGGACGCAGCGCUUUACAGAGGACAUAGGGACUGCGCAAAAUUGAUUCAAAUGCACGGUGGUACCACGGCGCAGAAACUGAGGAUGCAGAAAACUGUACCGAAUAAAGUGUUCGCAGCGAAACUGCGAAUGAAACAUGUAGAUAGUAGUACAGAUACAGAGAGCAGCCCUCGUAGAAGAGGUCGUAGCUCUAAACUUCCGGGGUUGUACUACGAGGAGCAAUGGAUUGAGAAGAGAACACGACGAAGAGGAAAUUUGAGGAAAUUAGCACGUCAAGAUAGCCGAAGCUUCAGCGAGGAAGAAGUUAGGUUGUCCAAGUCAUCCUCGAAGAAAGAUCAUCAAAGGAGAGCUCGUAGCGAGUCGGCACGAUACGAGGAAGACGACACUGAUCGAAAAUUGCGACGGAAACGGAGCAAAAAGCGCUCGACGAAAUCCAGACACGACUCGAGCGAAUCAUCCAUAGAGUCUGACAGCUACGACCACGUGGAGGACACGUCGAAACAGAAAUUCGAUUCGCGAAAGGAGGAGAGCAGAACGGACAAGAGCAAUGGGGUGGAAAACAGAGAAACUUUGAAAAGAGACGAGGACGAUGAAAGCGUGAGCGACGAUAGCCUAGAAGUGGUAGUGGUACGAAAAUCUUUGGAGAGGAAAUGCGAGAAGGUGGUGUCUGGUAGGAGAUCAAAGACUCCCAGGGAGAGUUCGAAAGAAACGAAGUUCACGAAGACGCGUAGGAGCACUAGAAGGAAAUUGAAGUCCAACAAAUCGAAAGCUUCGGACAACGGCGAGAGUACCGACCGAAUGCAAUCGUGCGACAAAGAACAAGGACCAAAAGAAUCCGCGUUUCAUACCCAACGAACUCCGCGAACCUCUUUGGACGAGGACAAAGAAAGCGGAGAGAAUAUUAUUGAAAGUCGAUAUCGCAGAGACGUAACCGACAGCACGAGCCAGGAAACGGUCGAACGCGUGGUUGUGACAGCCAUGGUUCACAAGGAUCAAGGACCCGACACGCCGAAAUCCAUGGUAGAAUCUUCGAAGGAAGUCACGUUCGAUGACAGAUUAAGAACGGAGAUAAUCGAGAUCGAGGAAGUGUCCAAGGAAGCCAGCUCGGUUGUCAGCAAAGAGGAUGACAUCUUGGAACAGACUGACGUGUCACGCAACAAUCUCGUGCAGAAAGCAGCCAAUCUGAAGAAGGAUGUGGAAGAAAUGAGGCAGCAGGGAGCACAAGAGAAGACUCAGCGAGAGAAAGACUCAAGACUCUGUCAAGAAGAAACAGAUGAAAAGCAGGAUCAACGUGAAGAGAGUGGAGAUAAAGAAGAUAUAAAAGUCAUCGAAGGUAAAGAGGAUACUAAAGACGUGGAUGAUGAGAAGAAAGAUCAGGAUGAGAAGAUCGAGAGCUCUCUGAUCGAAAAUAAAGAAGAGAAGAAAGAUGACAGCGAAAAAUGCAGGUUAGAGGCACACGAGACGACAGAGUCUGAAAGCGCCACGUUGGAUUCGCAAAAGGAGCUGCAGAGUCAGCGAGAAGAACAGCCUAAAUCGGAAGGAACGUCAGCCGAGACGAAGCCAGACGAGGAUCUCGACAAGGAGUCCCACAGCGAGAAAACGGACGUGUCGGAAGACAACUUGAGGAAGAGCCUCGAGGAAUCCGAGGUUAGCAAAUCCGAGAGUCCAGUUAGCCAAAAAGCUGUGCAAAAGGAAAGCACCACGCCCAGAACAGCCGUGGAAGACGUGCCACCGUCAGAGGAAGAAGAGAAGAAGUCGAAAGAGGCCAAGGGUAAAUCGAAAAGCAAAUCCGGGACGAUGAAGAGGAAGCCAUCGUUCGACGAGAGAAGAUCAAAAUCCUCUUCUUCGAGACAGUCUGACGAGAGCCCGAAGAAGAGCAGUGGGAGCCAGAAGAGGAGAGAGUUCAGCAAGAAACGAGAGUCUUCCACGAAAAAGGUGUCCGUGAAGUCCAUAGAGAAGACGAGCAAGGAAGUCGUACAGAAGACCUCGGAACUGCAAGAGACUGAGAAAAUUGCUACUGACAGCUUGCAGGCGAAGGAGACAUCGUUGACCAAGGGAUCGAGCAAGGAGUCUCAGGAUGAGAAGGAACAGGUGGAUUCUGCUCGAGGAAAAUCCGUGGAGUUUUCAUCGUCCAAAGACUCAGCUCUGGUGGAAGAUCAGGAGGACAGAUCGCUAAAUGGAGACACGCCGACUGCGACGAAAAGAAAGAUGUCUGAUGAGAUGGCAGAGGCUAGGGACUCGUCACCUACGAAGUCUAACUUGGAGACACAGAAGGAAGAGGACGAGGCUAAGAAAGUGAAGAAACGUCCUGUGGAAGAUGCAUUGGCGACAGAGCAGAGCUUUCGGUAUAUCGACGAAAGUUCCUCGAGUUCUCCGAAAUCGGCGCAAACCAGACGCUCGAGACCGUCCACGGGAAAGAUUAGGAAAACCGGACGAUCGUCGACGAGAAAGUGUUUGUUCGAAAGUUCAGAAGAGCGUUCUCCAGACAGGAGCGCCAUAGUGGCAGUGAUCGAGAGUCCGGAGUGGGACGAAGAGGACGCGGAGAUCGACAAAGAGAUCCGGGACGCCAUUGGCGAGGACGCGGAACACGAGACGGAGGCGGAUGACGACAACGAGAUGGGUGUCGUUAGGGUGCUGCCCAGCACGAGCGAAGAGGAGACCUCUCGAGUCGGGGUUGAUGCUACCAGAACCUCAGCGAUUGACUCGUUACCUCAAGUGCAGACCACUCGGACACGUCUGACACGAGUUCAAAGUCCCCCAGAAAGUAGGACUGGACGAUUGCAAGGGAAACAACGUCGCGACAGCGGAGGCAGAGACAGCGGAAUAGAGCCUAGUCCAAGGGUAUCUAGGAUACCAAGAAGAAGAAUCAUGAAAUGCUGUCCAAACACCGACAAGCAGCAGUCUCUUAACAUGGACACUAUAACGAGAGACGUGCAAAUCAGUUUACGUCGAUACCACUUGGAAAGAAAGAUAUUUUUUCAGCUGAUGGAACUGAAGAGAUUGCAGAUACGUCAUGGCAGAGCGAAUGAACAAGUUUUGGUUAAGAGACAGGUGGAUGCUUUCCAUAAGGCAGGGAUGUCUGGACCAACCCUCGGCGUGGCGAAAUAUGACCAACCCCUAACGUUCAGAGAUAAUACGAGAUUUCUAAGUAUUUAUCUACCAACAAAUAAUCCAAAUUCUCAAUAUGUGGAGGUAACUCACGGGGAAGAAAAGCAGAUCAUAGCUCUUCCAGCUGAAAGACUGGAUCGUACAAAGAAAUAUUACGUAACGUUCACUGUCAGGGGUGAAGCACAACACGAAACCGAAAAACCGAAAUCGUCGAUCAGUAUCCAAAGGAAUGCCAAAAGCGUUUAG